UUUCUAUUCUGAAAUUCCGAUCUUAUUUUGGUUUGGCGUAGGUGGAAGAAGGAAGUGAAAUUCAGAGAGAAACGUAACCCUAGAGUGGUGAAUCGAAACGAGUGAAUCUGCAAAGAUGGAAUCUAUUUCCCGAAGAAGAGGUGGAGGCAUUUUCGAAAGCCUCUACAAGGUUGUUAUGCGUCGCAACUCUGUCUAUGUUACCUUUAUCAUCGCUGGUGCCUUCCUCGGAGAACGGGCUGUUGAUUAUGGCGUCCACAAGCUCUGGGAGGCUAAUAAUGUUGGGAAACGAUAUGAAGACAUUCCCGUGCUAGGGCAAAGGCCAUCAGAAGAGUGACCAUCUUGUUAGCCAUUUUGAAGUUCUAUUAUAUAUUCAUGGAAAUUUGAAGUGAACAUUACAAGCUGGAAGCAGUUUCCAUUUUUGCAAUAAAUACCUUAUGCUUGUCUCUUUAAGCUUAACUCUAAUGCGUGGUUUCAUUUAGUGGCUGUUGGAAAUAUUAUACAUUGAACCAGUGCAGAAUUCUGUAUUAUUUUGAAAGGUUAAAACCCUUAUUUGUUUCCUGAUAAUAUUUUUUUGUUUCAAUUUAGUCCCACUUUAAUUUUUGGUCUCAA